AUGUAUACAAUUUUAAAUUUACUUGUUUUUUGCAUACCAGCUGGAGCCAUAAAUUUUUAUUGCUAGAAAGAUGAAGUGCAAAUUGGCCUAGAGAAUUAUCUUCUAGCGGAAUUAGACAACAAUAAUAAAUGUCUAAUAAAAGACGAUCAAAACCCUUUAGAAUUAAUUCAAUCUAUUCCCCUCACAAAUAUUUAAGAAAAUGUAAAAUUAAUUUAUUCAAGCAGUGACAAAGCAAAUGAUCUUAAGUUAAUUUUUCAAGAUAAGGAUUAAUUUUUAUUUUUAAGCAAUGAAAUUUCUUUGAAUAUAUUUGAAAAAUCAGAUGUAGAAUUGAUUUUAAAUCGUAAAAAAAAAUUCAAUUUUUAACUCUCUGAAUGUGAUAAUAUCUUAAAAGAGUACUUUAUAGUAGCAGCUUUCAUGUUGUUUUGCGAAAAUGUUAAUUCCUAUAAAAUAUAUUAAUUUUAAGAAAAAUUAAAUGAAUAAAAUUAAUUAGAAUUUAUAUUUGAUAAGAAUUAUGAAUUAAAUAAAUAAAUUGAUUGUAAAAUAGAUAUUAGUUAAGAUUUAAAUUAAAUUAUAUAUUUUUCCUAUUUGGAAUGCUAAACCUGGAAAAUUUACAUGAUAUAAAUAGAUAGCAUUUCUUUGAUUUAUGAUUCAAAAAUUAUUAAUAAUCAUGAAAUUUUAAGAGAUAUUUUAAUUAAAAAAAAAAAUUCACUUAUUUUUGACCAUAAGAUAUUUUAGUUUGAGUAGACAGAAUUAUAUCUAAAAUUAAUUUAUGAAAAUUAAUAAGAAAAAAUCUUAACAUAUGAAAACAUUCAUGGAAUUGAUUAUAUAGUAAUUGAGUCAUAAACUGUAAAUGUACUAGAAGAAGCAGAUGGAUAUAUAAUUAAACGAUCGUAAAAACCGAUAUAAAUAAUUGAAUCUAGAGAAAAACCUAUUAUAAAUUUUGGUUCUUAUUUAGAGCUUUUAAGAGAAAAUAAAUAAAAAUCAUUUAUUUUAAAUAUCCCUUCAGGAAUACUCCUCAAUAAAUUUUAAUUUUCUCCAUACUUCAUUUUACUAAGUAAAGAAAAAUUAACUAUAUUAAAAUAAAAUUUACCCUAUUUAUAAUUAAAAUGCAAUUAAUUUAAAAACUAAGAAGUAUUCAAUUUAACCCCAUUCAAUAUAGCUUUUGAAAAUUAUUGCCUUUCAGGAAUUGUUAAAUAAAUUGAUUUAAAUGAAAUAGAUCUUCUAAAUUUUAGCAAUAUUGAGUUGGAAAAAAGAAUACAUAAUCUAAAUUUUUUAAUAGAACUUGAUUAAUAAAAAUUCUUGAAACAUGGUUUAAUUCCAAAUUUAUCAAUUUAUAGCAACAAUUUUAUAUUUUGCAAACACAAUUAAAAUUUCUUAGAAGUUGAUUGUAUCAAUUCUUCAAUUAUGAAGAGUAUUUGGUGGAUUAUGAAAGAAGGUUUGAAUGAAAAAAUAUUUAUCUAUUAAAUAAAUGAUCAAUUAAUUGAAAUCUUGGAAUGUUCUAGCAAUAGAAUUACAAAAAUAAUAGUUAAAGAAGUGAUUUAAUAAAAAAAUAUCUUUAAUUUUUAAAGGUAUGUGUUUUUGAUACAAAAUUAAAACACUAAAAUUUUAAGAAUUGAUACUGAGAACUUAAAGAACAUGAAAUUAAUCUUAGAUCUUAAAACUUAGGUAAUAAAUAUACUUUCUAUUAAUAUUUAUUAAGUUUUGAUAAUUUUGGAAAACUGCCACAAUUAUAUAUUAUAAUUAGAAACAUUUGUUUAACAAAAAUAGUUUAAAAUAGAUUCUCAUGGCCAAUGCAUUCAACCUAAGUCGAUAACAACAUUAAGUACAUAUUUAAAUAUCGCAAAUAAAAAUAUUAUUUCAUUACAUAAGAUCAAUUUUAUGAUUUCAUUUAAGCUAGAUGGAGAAGAGAUUCUUGAUUUGGUUGAAAUAAGAAACAAUAAUUACAUAAUUCUUUUAGAGUAGGAUAAAGAAUUUAUAUUUAGGAAAUAUAAACUAACAACUAAUUAUGAAUUUAUAAAAUUAUUUGAUUUCCCUCUAUUAUUUUUUAAAUUAUAUCUUCCUUUAAAAUAUGAGGUAAAAUAUUAUAAAUUAGUUGUUGCCGCAAUUUCCAAGAAUGAUAGUACAUAAGUACUAUUGGUUUAUCAUUUGGAAAACGAAUAGUAUAAUUCAUUAAUAGAUGUUAUUAAAGUUGAUAAUUUUUAAUUUAGUUUGAUAUCAGAAUUUAAAUUAUUGAUUUUUUAAAAUCAAAAAUACUUGUUAUAUAAUUUAGCUAAGAUUAGUUUGAAUUGUAGUCUGACUAGUUUCUUUGAAUAUGAAAUUUCUUAACCUUUAAUUGUUAAAUUGCAUUCAAAAAUUAAUCCUGAAAAAGCUAUUAAUAGCUCCAUUAAUAUUAAAUUAUUUAAUCAAAUUGAAAGCUUACAAAUAAAAAAUUUAACCUUCAUUAAAACCACUACAGAUAAUCCUAAUAUUUUAAUUAGCAUUGAUCCAAGAAAAUAUAUAUAGGGAUCUUUAGUAAAUAUUACUUCUUAGGAUAUUGUUAUAAUGUAACCUUUGCUUUAAAGCCAACCUACAUUUUUUAAAUAGUGUGAUCAUUUUUAUAAUACUGUUUGCUUUAAUUAAAAAGAGAACUACAUUAUUUUAAAUAUUUUUUCAAAUAAUUAAAAAAAAAUUUUUGUAAAUGAAUAGAUAAAAAAUAUUUUCAAAAGUAAUAAUUUUUAUUUUCUUUAUCAAACUAAUUUCAUCAGUAUUUUUAAUAAAGACUCAAAUCUAAUUUAAUAAAUUAACCUCAAGGAUAAUUAUUUUAUUGAAAUUCUUGAAAUAAUUAUGAUUGAUAAUAUCGUAAUCUUUCAAAGUUAAUAAAAAUUAGUAAUUUAUUUAAUGAAGCCUCUUUACUUUCAAUUAAUUGAUGAAAUUAAUGUAUAUCAAUGCUAAUCAUAUAAAUUUGUUAAAAUCUAAAAUAAAUAAGACUGUUUUUUAAUUUAUUAUACAUAACCAAUAGAAUAGAACAGUACAUACUGGGUUAUUAAUAUUGAAGAAGGAUAGGAAGUUUUAUAAAAAAAGAAAUUAAUGUUAGAUUUGGUCUAGGAUAUUUCUAUUAGUCUCAAAGAAAUUGAGAUUAUUUAUAUUCGAUUAAUUAAUGAUAGUUAUUACGAAUUCAAAUAUUUGAUUAUUCCAUAUGAUAUAUUAACUGCUUAUGUAAUGAGUUGUUAAAUUGAAAAAGACUUUUAAUAAAUUCUUAAAUUAUAAAAACUUGGAAUUGUUAGAUUUCCUAAUCUUAAGUCCAUUUUUUAUGAAAUUAUCAUAUUAACUGAUGAUUAAUUUUUAUUUACUAAACAAGACCUAAAUUCUUAAUUAUCUUUAUCGAUAUUUAAUAUAUCGGAAAUCAAUAAGUUCAAUUUGAUUGACAGCAUUUUUAAUAUUUAGUUGAAUGCAAAAUUCGAAUAUCAAGGUAUUUAAAUUUAUAACCAAACUCACUUUUUUUAUGUUUAAUUAAAUCAUUAAUAUGAACUUUGUUCCAUUAAUCCUUAUUAAUUAAAUAUUUCAAAUAUAAGCACAUAACCAAUAAUAAUUAAUUUUUAAAAUAAUGUAUCUAACGUAUCUUUAUAAUUAUUUAUUUAAAAUUCAGUAAACAAUUAAUCAAAUGUUAAAUUUUAAUUAUAUUGGAUAUUAGGAUUAAUACUUUUAUUGAUGUUGUUGUGUCUAUUUUAUUUUCAAGUAAGAGGCAAAUAUGAAAAGAAGGUUAUUGCUAAUUUAGAAAUUGAAUUAUGA